GGCAGCAUAGCGGUAUGUUACAUAUUCCGGGCUGGAGGACUUAACGAUACGAUCCGCUCCCAACCUCCGUUGUAAAUAAACAGUAAAGUCAAAAUGUCGAAGAACGUCACCGGACCCAAGUGCACCGUCUGUGCAGCCGGAGCCGCUGUGACAGUCACCUGCCUCGCAACGGCGCUGAUGCUCGUCGCCGCCGUCGGACAUCCGACCAUCCCGGGGCGUGCGGCGUCCGGCUCCACAUCCGGGGCGCGAUCCCAGGUGAAGUUGUUCUCGGCCUACUUCAGUAAACUGGCCCGUGAGAGGAGAGCGGUCAGUCCCGGGCGAAGCGGCGCUCCCCGACCGCGGCCGGCAGAAGACCUUUCCCCGGGGGACGUCUUCCUGGCCGUGAAGACCACCGCCAAGUACCACCGCCGGAGGCUGGAUUUACUGCUUGACACAUGGAUUUCCAGAAACAUGCAACAGACCUAUGUGUUCACUGAUGAAGAGGAUGAGAAACUGAGGGAGAGGUUGGGAGCUCGCCUAAUCAACACCAACUGCUCGGCAGCCCACAGCCGCCAGGCGCUCUCCUGUAAGAUGGCCCAGGAAUACGACGUCUUUAUAAACUCCGGCAAGAAGUGGUUCUGUCACUUUGACGAUGACAACUAUGUGAAUGUGGGCCCCCUAGUGAAGCUCCUGUCCCAGUACAGCCACACGCAGGACAUUUACAUCGGCCGGCCCAGCCUCGAACGACCAAUAGAGGCGACGGAGAGGCUCGGUAGCACCAACAUGAGGCAAGUUCGUUUCUGGUUUGCAACAGGAGGAGCAGGAUUCUGUGUGAGUCGAGGCCUCGCGCUCAAGAUGUCUCCCUGGGCAAGUGACGGCACUUUCAUGGCUACUGCUCAGCACAUCCGUCUGCCUGACGACUGCACCGUGGGUUACAUCAUCGAGGAAAAGCUUGGAGUCAGUCUCAUCUGCUCACAGCUGUUUCACUCCCACCUAGAGAACUUAGGCCUGGUGUCUGAUGUACAUAACCAGGUGACACUUAGCUAUGGCACUGUGGAGAGCAGCAGAAACACUGUCAAUGUGAGGGGCCCCUUUUCAAUAGAUGAAGAUCCCACGAGAUUCAGGUCUGUCCAUUGUCUGUUAUACCCAGACACUCCCUGGUGUCCAGGCCUCCGUAGACUGUAACCCGAGGCUAAAGACACAGAUGACACAACGAGAGCUCGAUUGAGGAUAGGGAGGAACGAGUUAAUUUUCAUGCUAGAAGAAGUAACAAUGGCAGCCAUUCCAGAAAUAGAGGGAUUCAAACCUCCC